AUGCCGGAUGUCAGGUUCUCCCAGGAGACGAACGUGAGCCCCAACGCCAGGCUGACCUUGUUCUUUGAGCGCAUCCUCGAUGCCCUGGAGCAGCUCCGCUCCAACCGAGCAGCUUAUCUCGCCAAUGAGGCUCGGAAGCUCUGCUGGGGCGCCCUGACCAAGGUGCUCACCAAGGUGGCAUUCUGGAACCCCAGCGUCGACUUCGCCGACGCAUUGGAGAGCUUCUCACGCGGUGACCACGGGUCGUGCCAGCCAAAACUCGUGCUCUGGCAAGACCUCGGCGCUGUUCCCGUCGUCUCCCUCAAACCUUAUCCAGGAGCUUCCCCGUGCUCGACUUCGUCACCCCGUGCUCGGGCCCCCUCCUGUUUCGCCAUAAAUGCGUCGCUAGAGGCGUGCCCGUGCCAUGCCCAGCCACUGUCCACCAUUAGAGACCUGUUGAAGCUUGCUUGUGACGCUCCAGAACCUUCCCCGCGGAUAUAUAAGGCGUGCCGACCUCUCCUGCACCUAACCCAUCUCUCCCUCGCCUCAUUUGGUCACCAGGAUCGCCACAUCUCGCCGGAGUUCGCCUCUGUCCUCCAUGGCCGCCUCGGCCUCGGCUUGGUUCCGACCAAACCGAGCCUCCUAUCCUCCUCCUACCACGUCCACCUAGUUCUCCUCGUUCCACUCAGCCUCCCCACCCCCUUGCCCCCUCGCCGGAGUCGCCCGUUUCGCCGGAACACCACCACGGCCGCCGCCCCUGGCCUCCUCUGGCUCCGCCUCUCCCCUCCACCUCACUCAUCCCCGGCGGCCGAUGUCUCCCCUGAACGGAGGCGCCUCGGUCUCGCGCACCCGCCGGUGGCCUCGGCUCGGCCGGAGGUGGCCUGCGCCGGCCGGCCCCUUGGCCGCUUCCUCCCCUGUCCCCUGCUCUGUUCCACGAGAGGAACAGAGGCACGGGGGAAGAAGACGACCGAGGCCAGAGCCCCCCCUGCCGCUGGGCCCCACCUGGACCCGUUGGUGAUGAAAAUAUUCACAGAUUGGUCCCUGAUCUUCUACACCUCAUAACUUCGCGACCGUAACUCCGAUUGAGGUGAAACCAACGCUCACUUCUUCGUCUCGUCGAGAUAUUUCGGUUGGUAACAUUUUCACUAGGUGGUCCCAUAGUGAAAAUGACCAUUUUGCCCUUG